AUGCCAUUCUGGAUCGCAGAGAACCACUGUGACUUCAACGAAGACUUCGGGUUUGUUGCGCGUUUGGCUAACUUUGUACUGGGUGUAUCAGGAGACCUACCUGAAGCCAGUGAAACGUUAUUGUAUGAGCUAAAGAUGUGCAUGCAACAGCACCAGAAUGAGCCGUUUCGCACAACAUUUGCGGCGCCAACGGAGAUGACAUCGUUGGCGAAUGAGAUGAUGUUCUGGAAGCUAGACGAGGGAGUUGUGGCAAA